GUAAGCCCGUAAACCCCAGGUCCGGCCCCCUCACUGACAGCAAAGUAUCUGAUUCUGAUUCGAAAGUGGACUCGAUAUUCACCUUCUCCGUCCGCAUGGUAUCCUGAAGUCGCGAUCAGUCCAGAUAAUCCAGUUCAGAGACAUACUCACCCAUCACCUCCAAGAUGGCGUUCUUAUUUGACCUCACCAAGCCGCACCUGGCCUACUACUCUGUGCCCGCAGCGUUCAUGUUAGUGUUGGCGCCGCACUCGUACGCCAUGGUCGCAUCUGGGAAGAACUAUGAUAUCGCACAACCUCGCACUGCUGCAGAGAACUGCAAGAAUGAUACUACCUUCGACAAGAGAGCCGCCUUACGCAUCCAGCGAGCCGAAGCAGCAACGGCCAACGGCUUCGAGACCCUGGGUAUGUACUCGGCCGGGAUUGUCGCCGCUGCAGUGACGGGCGUCCCGGCGACAACGCUCAACUACCUGAGCCUGGCUUAUCUGGCCUCACGUGUGGGCUUCAACACCAUCUAUGUGUGGCUCCAGGAUAACAAGAAGCUGGCGCCACUGAGGAGCGUGUGCUGGAACAUAUCUGCCGGUAUUAUCGUUGCUAUCUGGGUCAAGGCUGGGAACAGGGCCGGUUCUUAGGUGGCAUCUGAACUACAGCAGAGAUCUAUCUACUGAGGUACUCAAGUAUGUAAGUGUGGAUAACAGAGCGGUCUGGCAACUGAAAGCACUAUCUGCCAUUGUUGUAGAAAAAGUUCCCAGAGAGCAUCGAAAUGUGAGGAAUAAGUACCUGAAUCACUGUCACUUGUUAAUGAGUGCACGUGUGGCACGCGGCAAGGACGCGACCGUUCAAGUACGUCAUUACCGAGUGUUGGCCGAUAUUUUGGGCUUUUAGUCAUGC